GCAACGCUACCCUCAUCAUUUUCAUCAGCUACUUUGGCAGCCGGGUCAACCGCCCACGGAUGAUCGGCAUAGGAGGUCUCCUCCUGGCUGCAGGGGCCUUUGUCCUCACCCUCCCGCACUUCCUGUCAGAGCCCUAUCAAUACACCUCGACCACCGAUGGAAACAGGAGCAACAUUCAGACUGACCUCUGCCAGAAGCAUUUGCCAGCCCUGUCCCCCAGUAAGUGUCAUAGCACCGUGCCGGAUACCCACAGGGAGACCAGCAGCCUGUGGGGCCUGAUGGUGGUUGCUCAACUGCUGGCCGGCAUUGGGACAGUGCCCAUCCAGCCCUUUGGGAUCUCCUAUGUGGACGACUUUGCAGAGCCUACCAACUCGCCUCUGUAUAUCUCCAUCCUAUUCGCCAUCGCUGUGUUCGGACCGGCUUUCGGGUACCUGCUGGGCUCAGUCAUGCUGAAAAUCUUCGUGGACUACGGCAGAGUGGACACUGCUACCGUAAACCUGAGCCCAGGUGACCCUCGGUGGAUCGGAGCCUGGUGGUUGGGCCUGCUCAUCUCCUCAGGCUUCUUGAUUGUCACCUCUUUGCCCUUCUUUUUCUUUCCCCGAGCAAUGUCCAGAGGAGCAGAGAGGUCUGUUAUCGCAGAGGAAACAAUGAAGAUGGAGGAGGACAAGUCAAGAGGCUCCCUGAUGGAUUUCAUUAAACGGUUCCCCCGCAUCUUCCUGAGGCUGCUGAUGAACCCGCUCUUCAUGCUGGUGGUCCUGAGCCAGUGUACCUUCUCCUCAGUCAUCGCUGGCCUCUCCACGUUCCUCAACAAGUUCCUGGAGAAGCAGUAUGGAGCCACGGCAGCCUAUGCCAACUUCCUCAUCGGUGCUGUAAACCUUCCGGCUGCAGCCUUGGGGAUGCUGUUUGGAGGAAUCCUCAUGAAGCGUUUUGUUUUCCCUCUGCAAACCAUCCCCCGAGUGGCCGCCACCAUCAUCACCAUCUCCAUGAUCCUCUGUGUACCUCUCUUCUUUAUGGGAUGCUCCACGCCAGCCGUGGCUGAGGUCUACCCUCCCAGCACAUCAAGUUCUAUACAUCCGCAGCAGCCUCCUGCCUGCCGCAGAGACUGCUCGUGCCCAGAUUCCUUCUUCCACCCAGUCUGUGGAGACAAUGGAGUCGAGUACGUCUCCCCUUGCCACGCCGGCUGCAGCAGCACCAACACAAGCUCAGAAGCUUCUAAGGAACCGAUCUACUUGAACUGCAGCUGUGUGAGUGGAGGAUCGGCGUCAGCCAAGACAGGCUCGUGCCCCGCGUCCUGCGCGCAGCUACUGCUCCCGUCCAUCUUCCUCAUUUCCUUCGCGGCGCUCAUUGCCUGCAUCUCCCACAACCCGCUCUACAUGAUGGUCCUUCGCGUGGUGAACCAGGAUGAAAAGUCGUUUGCCAUUGGGAUACAGUUCUUGUUGAUGCGCUUGCUGGCCUGGCUGCCGGCUCCAUCCCUUUAUGGCCUCCUCAUCGACUCCUCCUGUGUCCGGUGGAACUACCUGUGCUCAGGGAGACGAGGGGCCUGUGCGUAUUAUGACAACGAUGCUCUCCGAAACAGAUACCUGGGCCUACAGAUGGUCUACAAGGCCUUGGGCACACUGCUGCUCUUCUUCAUCAGCUGGAGGAUGAAGAAGAACAGGGAAUACAGCCUGCAGGAGAACACCUCAGGCCUCAUCUGACCCUCAGCGGGGACUACUGCCCCACCCCAGAGACUGGAUCCUAUCCCUUCCACACCUACCUGUAUUAACUAAUGUUAACGUGCCUUCCUCCUC